AAUUGCCGUGUCUAUAGUUAUUGCUUAGUUACCAUGGUUACAGCGUCUUACUCCCACGUUUUUAAACAUGGCUGAGAAUUGUCUUUGCUGCGGUGCUGCAACAAACAGAGAUAGGAGACUUUUAACCUCUGAGUCCAGUAAAUCUGUAGUCCCUACGCUAGUUGAACUCUUUGAGAGAAGCAUGAAAUUGAAGGGGGUAGAAUUUCCGGGAUGUGCUACAUCUACGAACAUCAUGGAAUGGACUACAUGUAGAUAUGCAUGCAAAAGUUGCUACAAGAAGCUAGGACAGUUCAUGAAAUUGCAGCAAGAGCUAGAGGCCCACAUUAUAAACGUUUUAGAUUCUGGACUAGUUCCCAACACUGCAGUUACUGUCGUUAACCCUGGGAUUAAAAGAGCAAGAUGCCUGGAUCAGACCAUGCAAACUACACCAAAGAAAAGAAGGAUCCUGAUUUAUCUGUUGUCUUUAAUUAUGAAACACCACGUGUGACUCACCUUGUGACUCCGAGAAGAAAAAAAAUUGCUUCUCUGCUGGUAAGAGGAAAACUGAAAUCUCUCGCACUGGAACUCAUCAAGCAUCGUAGAUAUUUGCAGCCACUAUUGGGUCAGGUUGGUGCUCUUUUAAAAUGGGAGAUGCGACAUCUUUGCUCAAACAAUGUAGCAGAUUCAUUAAUCAGCAUUAAAUUAGCUGAUUUUUCAUGGGCAAAUUACUUUCAAAAGAUCAAAUCACAUGCUCCAUGCAUUGUUGAACUAUUAAAAUUAAUUCUCACUGGCAAGAAUAAGAUGAAUAAAGAUAUUAUCCGUGUUACUGGUCUCAUUGUUUCUAUCAUAACAUCAUUCAAAAGAA